AUUUAAAGCUACAGAAGCCGGCUGUCGAGCAGACGUCACCUCAGGCCGCUGGGCCAAGCGAACACAUUUAUUUAUAUACGAUUUGCGAGGCACGAUGACACUUUGAAAUGGCGCAGAGAGACACGUUGUUGCAUCUCUUCGCAGGGGGAUGUGGUGGAACCGUAGGUGCCAUCAUGACGUGCCCCCUAGAGGUGUUAAAAACUAGACUGCAGUCAUCUGGCCUCUCCCUCAGGCAGGUUUUCCAGGUCCAGCUGGGCACAGUCAAUGGUGCUGGUGUCAUUCGACCGGGAUCCGUCACUCCUGGCCUGCUGCAGGUGUUAAGGUCAAUUCUUGAAAAAGAGGGACCAAGAUCUCUCUUCAGAGGAUUGGGUCCUAAUCUUGUCGGUGUUGCACCCUCAAGGGCAAUCUAUUUUGCAGCCUAUAAAAAGUCAAAAGAGACUUUCAAUGGCAUUUUUGUGCCGAACAGUGGAGUGGUCCAUAUGUCCUCAGCUGGCUUUGCAGCUUUUGUGACAAACUCCCUGAUGAAUCCAAUCUGGAUGGUCAAAACAAGAAUGCAGCUUGAGAAGAAGGCACGAGGGGAGAAGAAAAUGAAUGCAUUACAGUGUGCCCGCUACGUAUACAGAACAGAAGGUAUGCGAGGUUUUUACCGGGGCCUGACUGCAUCGUACGCUGGCAUCUCGGAGACCAUGAUCUGCUUCCUUAUUUACGAGACACUGAAGAAGUACCUAGCCCAGAGGCGAUUCACAACGCCCAGCACUGACACAGAAAAGGGGGCUUCAGAUUUCCUGGGCCUCAUGGCUGCUGCUGCUUUCGCCAAGGGCUGCGCUUCCUGCAUUGCUUAUCCACAUGAGGUCAUACGGACAAGACUACGAGAAGAGGGAAGUAAAUACAAGUACUUCUUUCAGACGGCGCGUCUUGUUGCGGUUGAGGAGGGCUAUGCUGCUUUUUACAGAGGACUCAUUCCACAGCUCAUCAGACAGAUCCCCAACACGGCCAUAGUGCUUUCCACCUAUGAGCUCAUUGUCCAUCUGCUGGGGGAACCCUCCAAAUGAAGCUCCACAAAGAAACUUUGACCUGCAGCUAAAGUGGACAGACUAUAAUCCUGUGUGGACGGGGAUAUUCUUGUGUUGCGAUGUAUGUUUGAAAUGAUAUCCAAAGACUUUUACAGGCUUCUUGUUUUAUUUAUGUUGAAUGCACAUUUUAUCAGGAAAGUUUUGCUCAUUUGUGUUCUGUAAAUGGCGCUUGGGGCAUGGGUACUCCAGGAGUUUGUGUAUAUUGUAUCAUUGUACAGAAAAAGUCAUCUGAAUAUACAAAUAGUGCUUUUAAGUUAACUAAAUUAUUGUUAUUACUAGUAGCAGAUUUUUGUUGCAGUCAAUAAAUUCUUUGGGUCUACGAUACAGUAUGUGUCCAACAGUUAUGGAGUUAAUCAUUUGCUGAUCCUAGUUUAAUGUUCUUAGAAUGGAAAUGAUACUGUCAUAGAAUGUGGUCAUAGAAUACCUCAUUUUGUAACGCUUGCCAUCUUUGUGGCACCCAGUACCAUUCUGGGGCCUGACCAAUUAAUUCCAUUCUCUUAAUUAGAUUGGUUUCAUCGGUUUACUGUGUUUCUUUUCUGUGAUGGCUAGUUUGGAAUCUUUUACAGAAAAAGAGGGUCUUGAUGCAUAUGCAGCUGUUGGUUUAAUAAAAGAAAUCAUGAAAAGUGACUGCUUUUCUCAGCUGUUAAAUCUGCAUACUAAAAGCACCUUUUUAAAAGCCUGCUGGAUGGAAUUUGACUAUUAAUGCAAAAACAUAGAAAAUGAAGGGAAGAGUCAAUAAUCCCAUGACUCCUGCUGUUUACAUGAAGCUACAUGAGGUUCCAAAACAAAAACAUGAUCUUUGUGCCUACAAGUAACGUCAAGGUCUUAUCUCUUGUGGCACAAUGCUGUGAUAGGUGAGUCAUUAAUAAACAAGUGAGAGAUGUGUGUUAA